UAUUUAGGCAAUGAAGCUUCGGGUCUCCGAGAUUGUCGCCACUUCACAUUCCAUCUAUCGCAAUUCUCUCCAAACCAUGCAAAUAAGCCCCACGUUGUGGGAAUCAGCUUGCAAAAAUGGCUGGGGAAAUGGCUUCAAGCAAGCCGUAGCCCGUUGCUAUCUAGGAAGAACAUCACCGUCCGGCCGUCCGUGCCAAAGCCAUCCCUCAAGUUAAUUCCCACAUCGAUCGGGCGUCGAGAGGGCACAUCACCGGCUUCUCCUUCACCAUGUCAAGCGACUAUGCCAACUACACCGUGUUCAUGCCGCCCACCCCGGACAACCAGCCAGGCGCCGCGCCGUCUGCUGCGCCCGGGGGAUCCACCAAGCCGGACGACCUUCCCUUACCUCCCUACUCAUCAGCCUCCAAGCUCGUGAACCGCCGGGGUGGCGACGACGGCGCGGCCGAAGGCAAGAUGGACCGGCGGCUGUCAACGGCGCGCGUGGCGACGCCGUCCAAGACGCUGCUUUUGCGGAGUCAGACGGGCGACUUCGAUCACAACCGGUGGCUAUUUGAGACCAAGGGAACGUACGGUAUCGGGAACGCGUACUGGCCACAGGAUGGCACCGCGUACGCCAACGACGACGGCAGCACCAGGGGCGGCGGCGGCAGCGUCAGGAUGGAGGACCUCGUCGAUAAGCCCUGGAAGCCGCUCAGCCGGAAGGUGCCCAUUCCUCCGGGCAUUCUAAGCCCUUACAGGUUACUAGUGAUGGUGCGAUUCGUGGCGCUAUUCCUCUUCCUGAUUUGGCGUGCGACGAACCCGAACCCAGACGCGAUGUGGUUGUGGGGGAUCUCCAUCGUUUGCGAGUACUGGUUCGCCUUCUCGUGGCUCCUGGACCAGAUGCCCAAGCUGAACCCCAUCAACCGAGCCGCCGACCUCGCCGCACUCCGGGAGAAGUUUGAGUCCGCUACGCCGUCCAACCCCACCGGCCGCUCUGACCUGCCUGGUCUUGACGUGUUCAUCUCGACCGCCGACCCCUACAAGGAACCGCCACUGGUCACCGCCAACACUCUGCUCUCCAUCCUAGCCACGGACUACCCGGUCGAGAAACUCUUUGUCUACAUCUCUGAUGACGGAGGCGCGCUUCUCACGUUCGAAGCCAUGGCGGAGGCAUGUGCCUACGCCAAGGUGUGGGUGCCGUUCUGCCGCAAGCACUCCAUCGAGCCACGCAACCCGGAAGCGUAUUUCAACCAGAAGGGCGACCCUACCAAAGGCAAGAAGCGGCCAGACUUCGUGAAGGACCGGCGCUGGAUCAAGCGCGAGUACGACGAGUUCAAGGUGCGCAUCAAUGACCUACCAGAGGCCAUCCGUCAACGCGCCAAAGCAAUGAACGCGCGCGAGCGCAAGCUCGCCCGCGAGAAGGCAGCCGCCGCCUCCUCGUCUGAGGCCCCGCCUAGUACCGUUAAGGCAACUUGGAUGGCUGAUGGCACACACUGGCCAGGCACCUGGCUUGACUCUGCGCCUGACCACGGCAAGGGAGACCACGCCAGCAUCGUCCAGGUGAUGAUCAAGAACCCGCACUUCGACGUGGUGUACGGGGAUGCCGGCGACCAUACGUACCUAGACUUCACGAAUGUGGACGUGCGCAUCCCCAUGUUCGUGUACCUCUCGCGCGAGAAGCGCCCGGGGUACGACCAUAACAAGAAGGCCGGAGCGAUGAAUGCCAUGGUGCGCGCGUCGGCGAUCCUGUCCAACGGCCCCUUCAUGCUCAACUUCGACUGCGACCACUACGUGUACAACUGCCAAGCCAUCCGAGAGGCCAUGUGCUACAUGCUAGACCGUGGCGGCGACCGCAUUUGCUACAUCCAGUUCCCGCAGCGCUUCGAGGGCAUCGACCCUUCCGACCGCUACGCCAACCACAACACAGUCUUCUUCGACGGCAACAUGCGAGCGUUGGAUGGCCUCCAGGGCCCCAUGUACGUCGGCACUGGAUGCCUCUUUCGUCGCUACGCCAUCUACGGCUUCAACCCGCCGCGUGCAACCGAGUACCAUGGCGUGGUCGGCCAGACCAAGGUGCCCAUCGACCCGCACGUGUCGGCGCGUCCCGGAGAGUCGGGCCCGAUGCUCGAGCACCCCGACCAUGAGGCACCCCAGCGGUUCGGGAAGUCCAAGUUGUUCGUGGAGUCCAUCGCCGUGGCAGAGUACCAGGGCAGGCCGCUGCAGGACCACCCAUCCGUGAGGAAUGGCCGGCCGCCGGGCGCGCUGCUCAUGCCACGUCCAUCGCUAGAUGCAGCCACAGUGGCAGAGGCCGUGUCGGUGAUCUCAUGCUGGUACGAGGACACCACGGAGUGGGGGCUCCGUGUCGGCUGGAUCUACGGCUCCGUCACGGAGGACGUGGUGACGGGGUACCGGAUGCACAACCGCGGUUGGCGCUCCGUGUACUGCAUCACCAAGCGGGACGCCUUCCGUGGCACGGCGCCCAUCAACCUCACCGACCGCCUCCACCAGGUGCUCCGUUGGGCCACGGGCUCUGUGGAGAUCUUCUUCUCCAAGAACAACGCACUCCUCGCGUCCCGGAGGCUCAUGUUCCUACAACGCAUGUCCUACCUCAACGUCGGCAUCUAUCCCUUUACAUCGAUCUUCCUCAUCAUGUACUGCCUCCUGCCAGCGCUUUCCCUCUUCUCCGGCCAGUUCAUUGUGGCCACGCUAGACCCGACCUUCCUCUGCUACCUGCUGCUCAUCAGCAUCACGCUCAUACUGCUCUGCCUGCUCGAGGUCAAGUGGUCCGGGAUCGGGCUGGAAGAGUGGUGGCGCAACGAGCAGUUUUGGGUCAUAGGUGGCACAUCGGCGCAUCUGGCCGCUGUGCUACAGGGCCUGCUCAAGAUCACUGCGGGCAUCGAGAUAUCCUUCACGCUGACCGCCAAGGCAGCAGCCGAGGACGACGAUGACCCGUUCGCCGAGCUGUACCUCAUCAAGUGGACGUCCCUAUUUAUCCCACCGCUCGCCAUCAUCGGCAUCAACAUCAUAGCCAUGGUGGUGGGCGUGUCGCGCUGCGUCUAUGCAGAGAUCCCGCAGUACAGCAAGCUGCUGGGUGGAGGCUUCUUCAGCUUCUGGGUGCUGGCGCAUUACUACCCAUUCGCCAAGGGCCUCAUGGGACGACGCGGCCGCACGCCCACCAUCGUCUACGUCUGGGCUGGGCUCAUCUCCAUCACCGUCUCGCUGCUCUGGAUCACCAUCAGCCCGCCCGACGACCGGAUCACGCAAGGCGGCAUCCAGGUGUGAAUGUGAUCCAUAUAUAUAUGCAGUCCACCGACCGACAUCGAUUCCCAGUUGAGGACCAAGAUUAAUUGCUCCAAAUUUGCUUGAAACAAGUCUUGUCCAGACAACUGCGAUGUACUCCCUAGGGUAUAUUGUGUAUCCUAUCUUUUUUUUGGCUGCACAAAAUUAGCACAAAGAUCACUCUGCAGAUGGCAAAUUGUAGGUUGUGGCUUGGAGCUUAUGGAUUCCGAAAGUCCAGAAGUUAGAACAGGAGAUGAGUUUGGAGCAAUAGCUUCUAGUGUAGUGAGAUCCAUGGGCAUGUAGCCCAGUAGUGAAACAUAGUAUUUAGUAACGCAUGUUAUAACCAAUGAAAAGUUUUAAUUAGAUGAGCUUCCACUUAGGCCAGCUCUCCUUAGAUUUGCAAUUGGACCGGUUUUAACUAGGCAACAAAAGUGAAAAAAGGGAAUUGUAUUUCUCACGGGGUCCCAAAUUCUUAAACGCAUACAACAUUUCUCCAGUAAUGCCCAAGCAAAGAUCAAAUGGUUGUUUUGGGCUUAACUUCAAAUAUCAUCAUCAAAUGCAAAUGGCAUGCUCACCCAACAUCUGAGCUCAUGACUAAUUAUCUUUAAAGGUUGUGCCCGU